UCUAGUUGAGUUUGUCGUGCGAGGUUGAAGUUACCUUAACACGGGUUUGCCCGUAAAAAGUUCUGGUGAUGUGCAUGCAAUAAGCAGAGGUGGUGUGUGGGGGUUCUUAGCAUUUUUAUGGAAAAGAUAUUCAUUGCAGUAGGUUAUCCUCCUUGAUAUAUUGAAGGGAGGAGAAAGCUGAGCAAGAAAUAGGGUGUAUGCAAGUAACAUCCAAAAGCUUGGGCUUUUGUAUAAUUAGUUAAAACUCUGGGGGCAUCAGGAGGGAAAAAGAAAACAACAAGAGGAGGGAAAAUAUAGUUGGCCGAUUCGUCUUGGACCUAGGGUUUUGUUCCGACUUCAAAACCUCUUCCCUGGCCGGAGCUCCAAGCCACCCAGUGAAAAUGGCGGAAUCGAUCUGCAGAACCCUUCGGGACGGACCACUCGACGGUGAACACGCUCCGGCGCUCACAAUUAAAGACUUCAUCGACUCGCCGUUCGGACCCUACGUCUUCAACAACACUCAACUAUCCGCCUACAUUUUGGCGGGAAAAUCUCAAUCGCACGCUCUCCUGCUCGUUGCUUUGUCGCGGAGUCCAUCUUUCUUCGUUGAUUUGCUUAAGAGUAGAGGCUACGACGUCGCCUCAUUGCGUAAAUGGCCAAGGUUCUGGAUUGUUAUUCAGAUCCUCUCGGAUGGAAGGACCGGCACAUGGAGUGUGGAACUGUUACCAAUAUCUCUGCUGAAGCUUCAGACACAGUGAGGUUGUUUAAGGAUGUUAGAAAUUUGGACAAUUUGUCCUCUUCAAUUUUUUAUCCAGGGAAAAGUAUGGUUGUAAACUAUUUCCAUAGGAGAGUGCUAAAGGUUUGUUGUUUUGUUGUUUUCUGGGGUUAUGUGUAUUUAGUUUUUGGGGAGGGGGCGGUUUAAAAUAUUUUAAGCAUAACAUGGAAAAAUGACGUAAAUAGUCAUGAUCUCUGGUGCUUCACUUGUUCAUUUCUUUUAAAUGUGUUGUAUGUCAUUGCAGAAAUGGUUGGACAGGGAAAAGGGAGAUUCUGAGUUGCCAUAGACUCGGUAACUCCAAACCCAUAACUGUGAAUGUUUAUUUGUAGCAGCGACUAUAGUUGUUAAUAAUAAAUAAGUACAUAACAAGGGAAACCAUCUUAUGGAGGGGAAAAUAUGUACAGAGUAAUUAUAUUUAUAUUAUAUAAUUAAUUAAAGGGCAAUAUUGUUAUCUUGAGCUUUGGAAUGAAGUUUAAGUGCUGAUAUUUGUUAAUUUUUGUUGAAGUUGAUAGUGGGAAUUACUGAUUUGAUGAAAUUAUACUUCCCUAGUGGUUUUGCAUUUAAAUCAUUUGAUGAAACUUGUUCUUUUGUUAUUUGCAUAUUCUUUUCUAUGCUGGUUUUAAUGAAUGCAUUUCUUUUCUGCUUUUAACAUACCCAACGUAUUAGGAUUAAGGCAAGAUAUAUUGUUGUUGCUUUGGACUCGCUCGCUCUCUGUCAUGUAUAUGAUUGCUAUCUUCGCUCUCUGUCAUGUAUAUGAUUGCUAUCUUCCAGGUAACUGAUGUGCUAAGAUAUGCAUCAUUAUCUUCAGUUGCUUCUCUUUCGAGUAACCUCCAUAUGUGUGGCAUGUCUUUGGUAACCCAAUCUCCCCUCUCAUUUACUGCUUCUGUUACGCCUGAGCAACUAUUAUAGAUGUUAAAUGCCAUAUUAAUCUUUGGAUUUCUUGCAGCUCCAGCAAAUUUACUUGAUUAUACUUUUCGGAAAAGUAGAAUUGUAUGCUUCCAAAAAUUAUGCAACAAGACCUUUUGUUUACUUGUCUACUUGAUUUUGUAAAGUUCAUUCCUAUCACUGGGAACUAGCUUACUAGGCUACAUCUGUCCUCCUGUGUGAUGUCACCUUGUUCACACUGUCGAUGCCAUCAUAUUGGAUGACCUACAUUGUGUUGCAAACGGGGAUGUCCACAAGUUAGGGUAGACUCGAGAACCAAACCAAACCAAUGUGACUGGUUCGCCUUUUUUAAUGGAUCGAUUCAGUCUUGGGUCCAAAAAAUUGGACCUGAUGGAGAUUGGUUUGGUCCUGGGUCCAGGCAUUCAGGUCUAUGGACCCACCUCAAACCAAUUGAUAUAUGUAUAAAUAUAUAAAAUAAAUACAUAAGAUUCGAUUGUCUGGGAUAUUUUGUGAAUUUAUUAGUUGAUUGCUGUGAGUUAAAACAAUUACUAAUUGUUGUGUAGUGUGCUUAGGUGCAAAUUGUUUGUUGAACAUUGAUAUUAAUUUUUUCCAAAUUUCAGAUAACAAAAAAUUGAGAUUAAAAGAUUAUUAUAUGUAAUUGAAAUCAAAACCCGAACCAAACCAACCAUAAUUGCGAGUCCUUGGUGUGUUGGAAUAGUUGUUGCCUGUUACUGCCAUUUACCUUUUUUUUAUUUUAUUUGAGAAGCUAAUUUAACAUAUUCGGCGCAUACAUGAUGGACCAAUAUGUUUCUUGCAGAUAAAUGAAAUGUCAACAUAUCUUCUGUACUGAAGAAACUAUUAUAAUUAUAGUGAUUUUAUUUGUAGUUAAAGAUAAAUAGUUUUUUAUUUUUAGCUGACAAGGUUCUGAUGAAAUGAUUGCGCACCCUUCGCCUCGCCAACCGUCACUGCAUCCUCCGACAGUCGGUGAGGCAAUGGUAGCGAGGCGAAGGGCGGUCGGCGAUUGCAUCGCAGCCAUGGAAAGGGAGAGAGGAGAGAGCAGGGCAGUGGCCCACUUUGCAAAGUAGACGAAGGCAUUUUGAUCUUUUAGCCCCCAUUCGAUAAGCCCCUCGUUAAGCUCUUCUGACACUCAAGAAUUUUCCUUGCUGUACAUGCACAUUUGCUAUUGUGUACACUCUUAAGCUGAUGGCAUUUUUCAAUGUACUCUCAAAAUGCAUUCAUUACUGGUACUCUUUGCAAGUUAUGUCACUUCAGUGCGUACUGCCUUUCAUGUUGUAGUACAUUUCAGUGGUCAAACUUAAGAGAUGGGUCCUAUUGUGAUAUUUAAUCUUCAAUUUUCUUUUACUAAGUGAAGAAACUUAGUCUAGUUCUAUAUAAAACAACUUCACAUCAUGCAGUUCCACUGUUUUUCCUAAUUUUUUUUUUUUAAAUUGUAGAUCAAGAUUCUUGUGCAUUUUGGUUGAUUAUUAUCAGAAUUAUAGCGUUCAGUAACAGUAUUGAAUGUGUGGAUACUUCUUUUGGCCGGUGCAAUUCAACCCACAACUGUCAGAAAACGAGAGAAUUGAGAGGGCAAAAGUGAUGCUUACGUUUGAGCACCAAGGUAUCUUUAUUUUGGAUAUAUUUUACUUUAAA